UGGGAGUCUGGGAACUUGGGGCUUUGGGGGCGGGCUGGGAGCUCCACGGGCUCCCCGUGGGUGGCAGGCGGGGAGUCGGGGUGUCUGUGUUUCGGGGCCCCUCGCUCCGUCAGGGGCUCGCCCGGCGCAGGGAGAGCCGAGCCCAUGGAGCCGCCCGGAAGGCCUGCGGAGACGAGGCUUUCCCGUCGGGCGGAGCCCGCGGGCGGAGGUCGAGAUUUCUUGUGGAGCUUAGCCGUCAGCCCCCUCGGAACUAGGAGGAGAGCUGAAAUGUUGUUUCGGGGUCCAUGCUCCAUUAUUAUUAUUGUUAUCAUUAUUGGUUUAAGGAUUUGUUGAUUGUCCCUGUGGAUUCCUGGAGUGCCCCCAAGGGACAGGGGAGUGGAUAGUGUCUUGGAUUCCUUCUGCACUUGCUGUGUUUAGUGUCAGAGAGCCUGGGUGGCCAGACGUAUCGGUGGGUCACCCUCCAUUUCCUUCGCACUUAAUGUAAUAUGGCACUGUCAUUUAGAAAGUAUCUGCCUUUCUUAAGUCUGUGGCCCUGGGUGACUUUCGAUAGGACAUCCAAGUUUCUCCUUUGGUGGGCUUUCAUGGUGUUUUGUUCAGGACAUUAAAGCUGGAAUCACAGUGUAUAACAAUUGUUUAUCUGUCUUGUCACAGUCAUUUAUGAACCUGGCUUACAUUUUAUUCAUUUUGGACUUCUUCCCCACCAGGAGACUAUCACAGUGCCUCUCAUGCUAGGGUCAGAGAACAGGUUGAUGGAUCAAGCUGUUGUGUCGACCUUGAGGUCCCAUCUCGGGGAAGAGGUUACUCUUGACCUGGGCAAGGGGUUGAGAGGGAGAAGAACCAUGGUCCCUGCCCUGUGGGAGGCCCAGAUGUGAUGGAAACAUGCCAGAGCCUGGCAAGCCCUCAGAAGCAAGCAGAGGGCAAAGCAGGCAGCUGAGCCUUGAGUGGACUCAGGAUGUAGAAGUGGAGAGGAGUCCAUCAGGAAAGGCUCCUGGGUAGAAGGUAGUUUUAUUUAUUUUUAAAUUUAUUUUGGCCGUGUUGCACAGCUUGCAGGAUCUCAGUUCCCCAAUCAGGGAUUGAACCUGGUCCAUGGCAAUGAAAGCCCGGAAUCCUAACCACUAGGCCACCAGGAACUCCCAGAAGGUAGUUUUAAACAGGAUUGAAAAAAGAUGGUAUGGAUACAGCUGAGCAGGUGUUUGUUGACUGCCUAAUAAAAGCUAGGACCUUGGAGCUAUGGAGAAAAAUUAAACAGGGUCUCCUCUCUGAUCUGCCUCAAGUCUAGUCUGAGAGGCCAGGUGUGAAUUCAUGAAGAAGCAGCUAACCAUGGUGACGUGCAGUGGUUCUCAGCCGUCACCAACAAUCAGCAUCACUUGAAGAAGCCUGUUUAAAAUACAGAUUCCCAGGCCUCACGCCAGCCGUACUUGGGUUGGGCGAGGCUGGGAAGGUACAGCAAAUGGUGCAGCAUCCUGAAGAGGGACGGCUUUACCAAAGGGAUAGUUGGAACUGCAUCUGGAAGGGGAUGUAUGAUUUGGAUGUGUGGAGGGGUAAGGGACUCACAGUCCUGCUUCACUCAAGGAGUCUGUGAAAAAUUGGGUUUGUAGAAAUAGCAUGUGCAAGGUUUGGGGAGCUGAGGUAGGAAGGGCGUUUUGAAAGUGUGAAUGGAAAGGUCAGUUUGGACCACUGGGUUUGCAUGGGAGUGAUUAGAAGGAAGAUUGGAAGGAAUGGCCUCUGUGGGUUACAGAGCUCGCUGGGGUGCUCCCUCUUCCUGCUUCCCCCCUUCCCUCUUCCUCAUCCUCUUCCCUUCCCCCUUUACCUCCCCCGGGCCGCCCUUUACACACAAUAUCUCAUUCCAUUUCUUAUAUCAAUAUUGUUAGGUGGAUAUUGUUUUUCUUAGUAUUUGGGUGAGGAGACCUGAGGCUCUGGCCAGGGUUACCUAGCUUGUAGGAGUCUAGUGUGAGUCUGGUAAUCGUCUCACUCACCACUGAGGAUUCUUGAACGUGGGCAAGAAGCUGGGCUGUGGUUGCGGGGUUGUAGAAUUAGGGUGGCCGAUGGAACCGUCUAAAGCGAGAUGGGUGUGGGUGGUGAUGCGCACAGCCUUGAGUCAGAUGGUUUGGGUUCAAAUCCCAGCUUCGUUAUUUGCCAAGUACGUGACCCUGGGCACGUUGCUUGAUCUUGCUAAGCCUCAGUUCUCUCCCCUGUAACGUGGGAACCGUAAUACCCACCUCGUGGGGUUGUCGUGCACAUCAGUGAGGGGUACCUGGCACGGAGCAGUUGCUCACCACCUGGAAGCUACUGUAAUCCGCUCUGUAAUUAGUCUCUGGGCUGUGGCUGUGCACCUGCAUCCCACCCUUUAGCACAUUGGUUUCCAGGACACAGUCCCUCCUGGCUGGGCUUGUUUUAGGUGCUGCAAGUUUGCCAUGUAAAUAUUUAUUGAAAACCUAGGCGUGGCCUAGGAACCAGUGACUCAAAACCUGUGCCUGAUGGAAAGGAGGUUUGGAGUGGGGGAUGGUUGGUGGUUAUGGGUUGUGCUCACCAGGUAAUAUAUAAAGAGGGAGGAUACUUGAAUCCAGAAGAGGAAGGGCCCUUCAUUACCAGGAGCUGAGAUGAGCGAGAGCUUGCCUGGAGGCUGGGGGUGACUGACAGUCUCUUCUUUUUUUACUUUUUUUUGCGGUACGCGGGCCUCUCACUGCUGUGGCCUCUCCCAUUGUGGAGCACAGGCUCCAGACGCGCAGGCUCAGCGGCCAUGGCUCACGGGCCCAGCCGCUCCGCGGCACGUGGGAUCUUCCCAUACUGGGGCACGAACCCGUGUCCCCUGCAUCGGCAGGCGGACUCUCAACCACUGCGCCACCAGGGAAGCCCGACAGUCUCUUCUGAGCCCAGGAAGUGGUAGUAGGGGCCCUGGCCAGCCUGGAUCCCUCCCACGCUAUGACUGGGGCUGUUGGGGCCUCUGUCCAUCUCUUUUCCAGGUGACAGUGUCAUGGCUGUGCCCCAGGCUUUCCCGCCAGGGCCCCUCUGUGAGGGGGGUGCUCUGGUGGAGCCCCAGCCCUCCCCUCGAAGCUCGGCUGAGGGCUUCUUGGAGGAGGAGCUCCGGCUUAAUGCUGAGCUGAAGCAGCUGCAGUUUUCUGAGCCCGUGGGCGUCAUCUACAAUCCUGUGGAGUAUGCGUGGGAGCCGCAUCGCAGCUACGUGACCCGCUACUGCCAGGGGCCCAAGCAAGUGCUCUUCUUGGGCAUGAACCCAGGACCCUUUGGCAUGGCCCAGACUGGGGUGCCCUUUGGGGAAGUGAGUGUAGUCCGGGACUGGUUGGGCAUUGGGGGGCCUGUGCAGACCCCUCCCCAAGAGCACCCCAAGCGACCAGUGCUGGGACUGGAGUGCCCUCAGUCCGAGGUGAGUGGUGCCCGGUUCUGGGGCUUUUUCCGGAACCUCUGUGGACAGCCCGAGGUCUUCUUUCGUCACUGUUUCGUCCACAACCUGUGUCCUCUGCUCCUCCUGGCUCCCAGCGGCCGCAACCUCACCCCCGCCGAGCUGCCGGCCAAGCAGCGAGAACAGCUCCUUGGGGUCUGUGAUGCGGCCCUGUGCCGGCAGGUGCAGCUGCUGGGGGUGAGGCUGGUGGUGGGCGUGGGCCGCCUGGCUGAGCAGCGGGCGCGGCGAGCUCUGGCCAGCCUGAUGCCCGAGGUCCAGGUGGAGGGGCUCCUGCACCCGUCCCCUCGCAACCCGCAGGCCAACAAGGGCUGGGAGGUGGUGGCCAAGGAGAGACUGAACGAGCUGGGGCUGCUGCCGCUGUUAACGAAGUGAGCGCCCCUGCGGCCUGCACAGGAUGUGUUCAAGGUCCCCUGGGUCCUUCGGGGCAAGCAGAUGGCCGCGUGCCUCCUGGACUGGAGCGAAAAGGUCCCCCUCGGCUCCCUGGUUGCUAGGACCUGCCGCGGCAGUUUGGACACUACUCCUGCUUGCCCUCCCGAUUCCUGCCCGCCUCACCUUCCUUUGAGCGUUGCUUCUUUGGUCUGUGGUACCCAGCUCCACAGAGAGCCAGCACCUGCAAACUGCUCCACCUCAGUGUUUCCCUGGAGCCUCUCUUCGGCGGAGAGUGACCUGAACAGUGACUUCCGAGGUCAUAUUUGCCGUUUUAGAGAAAAGCUUCUGCCAGGAUCCCCACCCGUCCUAGAAUGGCUUCCUUCAGCUCACCCCUUGCCUCACAGGGACCAGGACAAAGCGUGGGUCAUGGCUGCUGAGAGUGAGCUUCUGAUGGGAGACUGAGGCUGCGUCAGAGAGAGACAAUUCAGUGUGGCAGCGUGGGAACGGCCAGAAGACCUGGAUUUCCAUCCCAGCUUUGAGACUUGUGAACUUUAUGACUUUGGACAAGUUGCUUGACCUCUCCAAGCCUCGGGAUCCUCAUCUAUAAAAUGGGGUCCCUGCCUCGUGGGGCUGGCGUGGGGAUUAACUGAGGUAACCCUUAAAAGUGCCUUGCGUAAUGCCUGGCACGUGGGUGCUCCUUACACCUUUUCUAGCUUUCUUGCCCCCAGGUUGGGGAGGCACUGCACUGCACUACACAGGAAGCCCCUCUGACACAAAGACCCGGGUGGAGGUAGGGGCUGGGCCUCCACCUGUAGCCUGAGUGAUGGGCAGAUUCUUGCCCCACCAGAGAUGGACUAAUGAGUUAUGACAAACCCAGCCUGUGAUUUUUCCGUCUAAGCAUUAAAAGCUCCUAAACACUUU